CCACCGUUGGAAGCGAAGGCGGGAGCGCCGCUUUUUCUUCUCCCUCCUCUGUCGGCGCUGCGGCUCAAGGGGGGUCGGAGAGUGGACGAGGCGAGGAAUGGGCUAGGGAAUGGAGACUGACGAUAAUCCUAUGGAAUUCACCAAUAACACAGGUGUGGAAGACGAUUCUGAGUUCAGGGAUUUUGAAGGAACAGAUGUGAAGGACAUGAGGCUAGAAGCAGAAGCUGUGGUGAAUGAUGUGUUGUUUGCCGUAAGCAACAUGUUUGUCUCUAAAAGCCUUCCAUGUGCUGAGGAUGUGGCAUAUAUCAAUGUGGAAACCAGGGAAAGGAACAGAUAUUGCCUCGAGCUCACAGAAGCUGGACUUAGGGUGGUUGGUUAUGCUUUUGACCAGGUGGAUGAUAGUGUACAAAAUUCAUACCAUGAGACUGUCUACUCUUUGUUGGACUCUGUUAGCCCAGCGUAUAGAGAAGCUUUUGGAAAUGCUCUGCUUCAAAGACUAGAAGCCUUGAAGAGGGAUGGGCAGUCAUGAUUGAGUCUGCAAUAAAAAAUGAGCUUGUAUUACUUUGCUUUCAAAAUUCUUUCCUUGCUUCAAGAUUUGCAAUGGCACCAAUUUGUUGACUAUAUAAUUGCUCCUAUUGUUCUGAGUACAUUCCCCAGUCGUUUAAGAUAAGGUGGUUAAAUACACAGUUUCUGGCCUGGGUUAACUUUUCUUCAUAUUAUCUGGAAAAUGAUUGAGUGUUCUAUAGUUUUGGUGUCUUUGUAAAGUGGUAUUAACCCAAAGCUUGAUUUUAACAAUUUUGUAAGUGGGAUUCAGUUCUUCUUAAGAACAUAAUGCCCAUUUAAGAUUUGCACAAUUAUAUGUAACUGCAUUUAGAAACUCUCAUUUUUCUUUUUCAGAACUAACAAUUAGUUAUUUGCUGUAGCUAAACUUCAUAAAAUAGAAAAGAGUUUGUUCACCUCAAUUUUUUGUGCUGUGUAUAGGCCUAGAAAUGUUCUAGUUCAUUCACUAGAGAAAGAUUACUGUAAAAUUAAAUAAACAAUUUAAGAUUUACUUAUGAGCAUUCCAUAACAUGUUAUGUCUAGAACUUGUGACUGAACAGCUAGAUGCAUUAUUCGUUGUGCCCUGUAGCAUUUAGUAAGCUUCAAAUACUAAACAAAGGAUGAACUGUUGGCAUAAUGAAUGUAUUCAUCAACAAAUGCAAAUUAGAUAAGCACAGAGAUGAGGAAGUAAAAGGCUGCAUUCUUCAUACAGAUCAUCCUGCAUUGCUUUGGUAAAGUAUUCAUGUAGUAUAAAAAUAUUUAAAACUGUGUUAUUUACAUAAUGCACAAUAUAUCUAAAAGUAUUUUGAUUCCUUAUUUGUUAUACCUACAGUAUUUAAGUAUUUAUGUAAUGCCUACUUUUCCUCCAGCCACACUAACUGUACUGUAACUUCUUGUCAACGUACAAUUUUAUAUUAGUGCAUUGUACUGGUUCAGUACCAAGGCUGAAAUUGGUAUUUGAACUGGGAGAUAAAUAAGUGUCUUAAGUACAAAAUUCUUUACCUUGUAAUGCUGCUGUAGCUUCUCAAUGUGCUAUGCUUGGGGAGGGACUUGUUUUAAAACAAAGCUAUUGAUUUUCAGCUGAUGAAGUGUGCAUUGAUACACUUUGUUAGGUAAUGCUAAUUCUUUGUUGUUUCUCAAAGUGAUGAGCUUACAAAUUCUCUAAAUCUUUGGGUGUUUAUACUUGUUGCACUUUUUAACUCUGAGUGAUGCUGUCCCUACCCUGCCUGAAAAUCUGGCCCAGUGACUGAAGGCUCUCUUAGCUUAGUUGAAACAUUUAUUUUAGCUUUGUAUUAGUUAUGCUAGAACUAUAAUAAGGACCUACAGUAUAACCUUAUAUUUUGAAGCCAGUGAAUAUUUUCUUACCUCUUUAAAACAUGAAAUGUUUCACGCUUCCCUUUAUUCUUGUACUUAACAUUAUUGUUAAAAGUUCAUUAUGUUCUAAAGAAAUUGAGCAGAUGCUCACUUACAGUCCAUACGUGUAGCAUGUGCGUUAGACCUCCAUGAGGAAAAUGUACUUUGCCCAGUUUGCUCUCAGUACUACCUUGUGAAGAAUGCACCCAUGUUUGUAGAGCGCAUAGUUAAAUAAAGAA